UUCAUCAGCCGCUCUAUUGACAUCUUUUAACAUUUAACAGUUAAAUUUAUAAAUUUAAUGUGCAACAAUGUUGGAAACACUUAACAGCUAUUGCUGGUUGGAGCUAAACAAGUACUUGGUCUUAGAGGAUCAAAUCGCGCUGUAUGAGGCAUUUAAAGGCAUUUCAAAUAACUUGAUGUAUGAUGUGGCAUUUGCAUGGGAACAUCAACACAGCUUUUUGCUUGAUCAAGAUUGCUAUGAGAAGUUUGAAGAGAUGCCUGAAUUGUUGGACAUAUUUUUGUCCAGCAUUAAAGUCACAGAGGAAAUGCAAUUUCACUGGGUUAAACUGGAGUUCCUCAGACUCUGGGAAAACUACACAUUUCCCAGCAUAAAAACGCUGGAGUACACAUUGGAUGAGGAUCUGUCAAAUAUUAAUGAGACUGACGCCGAUGAAGCUCUAACAAUUAUAACAAACAUAUUUCCUGGAUUACAGAGUGUGAAACCGUAUGGUGGAUUCGAAUGCAGCACUUUGGUGAAAUUGACGCAGUUGCGUAAAGUAGAUUUGAGCGAAUGGACGCCGUUUUGUAAACCCUAUCAUUGUAUCGAUGAGUUAACCAAGUGUCCUUUGAUAGAAGAGUUGAUAGUAACUAAUUUUUUGUAUUUUACUGAUAUGUAUGAAGAUCUCAUGGCGAUGCCCAAGAUGCAUACAGUUUCCUUUUACCUAUAUGAGCGAGAUGACAUUUUUGCUUCACUCCUAGGGAAACGUGGAUUAGACGUCCAUAAGAUAAUCUUUAACCAUUGCAUCUAUAAGUUCAGCAUGCCUACUUUGCAUAAAUUGAAGAACUUACGCCAAUUGACAUUGCUGGACGAAAACAGUUUUCCUUGCGAUAAACUAAUCGAGCUGAUUGCGAAUUUCAAAGAGCUGGAGCAAUUGGAUCUCAUCAAUUCUGGAAUGAUGUUAAAUGAGGCACCGCUGUGGCAAACUGUUGACUGCUGCCCAUCGCUAAGGAUCCUGAAUAUAUCAAACAUGUAUUUGAAAGAGGAUUUUUUCGAUGGUAAUCGAUGUGUCAUGGAGAAGACAUUGAGCAAUCGCUCUCAGGAUUUAACAUUGAAUUGCCACAACGUAGGUGAAAACGAGAAGCUGAUCCGCCAGCUCUUCAAGCAUCCACGAUUGAAGCUCUCUUUUUGUGCCUUUAAAACCGCAUGACGUCGAAAUGAGCAUGAUACAAAUGCAUUUUGAGCCUUUGCUGCCAUCCUAAGAGUCAAGAAUUGUGGCAAACUGUUGCCAGUUGCCCAUCUCUAAAGAUUCUGAAUAUACCUGGCUCAUAUGUAUAUGGAUUCUGAUGAUUUUUAUACCCGUUACCCAUAGGGUAUUAUAAUUUUGUGCCGGCAAGAAAUGUAUGUCACAGGUUGAACGAGGCAUCUUCGACCCUAUAAAGUAUAUAUAUUCUUGAUCAGCGUCAACAGCCGAGACGAUCUAGCCAAGUCCGUCUGUCUGUCUGUCCGUCUGUGUGUCUGUCCGUCUGUGUGUCUGUCCGUCUGUGUGUCUGUCCGUCCGUCCGUAUGAAACACUGGAUCUCAGAGACUAUAAGAGAUAGAGCUAUAAUUUUUUUUCGACAGCAUUUGUUAUGUUUGCACGCAGAUCAAGUUUGUUUCAAAUUUUUCGCCCCCGCAAAUCAAAAAAAAUCGAGAAAGCGUAAUUUUAAAGCUAGAGUUGCGAAUUUUGGUAUAUACAAUAAUAAGUAUAUAGUUAUAAUUAGUUAAAAGAUAAAAAUUGUCGAAGUUCUUAAAGAAAUACUUUUGUAUGGGCAAAAACGCCUACUUACUAGGGGUCUUAGUUGCUGUGGCUGACAAUCUGGUAUAUUGUGCCGUCUAUGGUAUAUUUUGAAUGAGGUACUAUAUCAAUAUACUAAAUAUACCAUUUGGUUUAUUUUUUAGAAUUUUUCAGUAUAUUCGGUAUAAUUUGAAAAAAUUCCGCAAAAUAUAUUUCUUUUAUUCAAAGUGGGUAGCGGGUAUCUCACAGUCGAGUACACUCUACUGUAGCUUUCUUACUUGUUUUAAAGUACUUUGCUUCAUGUGUUGAAGCUUUUGUGAUAUUGUGUGCCAUUUUUUUAUUCACAUAAUAAAUAAGCAAUUCUAGCAAUCCAAUAU